AUCAAACAAUCCAAUCUUCUUCUCCUUCACACUUGACACUCCACAAUCCAACAGAAAAAUCAAUGGCUACUGCAUUUUCACCCUACUCUCUCACUCUCACUCUCACCCUCCCUUCAAUUCCCAAUCUCAGGCAUAGCCAUAACCACCGCGUUUCCUUCAUCAAACCACUCCACUGCGUUCCGAUUCACCAACAGUUUGAUGCAGAUUCAGAUGCAACCAUCGUGUGUGAACCUUGCAACGGAAAAGGAUGGUUACUCUGUGAUUUCUGUAAAGGCCAGAAAACCAAUGUCAAAGCUGAUAACAAGCGUGUUUAUCGCCGGUGUCCCUCUUGCAGAGCCGUUGGAUAUGUAUUGUGUCCAAGCUGCAAGGUCUUCAAAUGUGUUACUUUCCCAAAUUUCAAUGAUGCUCAGAGUUUAUCAAGUUAACUCCUUCAAAUGGGUCGCUUUUUUCACUCCUUCAAGUCACUGAGAGAAGAUUCUGAAUAUAAUGUGCUCGCUGAGGUGCUUCUUUUUUUAUAUCUUAUAUUGCAUUUAAUUGUCAUGAGGUUGAAGAAUGAGAUAAUUCACAGCUUCAAUGUUUCAUUGUCAUGUAUUUUACUUGUAUUUCUCAUUGGUGUAACUAAUGUGAUUCUAUAAAUUGUACAUUUCAUUGAUUGCCAUGCACUCUUUGUAGUUGGUAUACUAA